CGGCCAUUUUGGGGACACAUUUUGGGACACAUUUUCGACUCAUUCUGGGACACAUUGGUGGCCAUUUUGGGAACAUUUUGGGACACAUUUUGAGGCAUAUUGGUGGCCAUUUUGGGUCACAUUGGCGGCCAUUUUGGGACACAUUUUUGACACAUUCUGGGGCACAUUGACAGCCAUUUUGGGGCACAUUUGAGGCUAUUUUGAGUUACAUUGGUGGCCAUUUUGGGUCACAUUGGCGGCCAUUUUGGGUCACAUUGGCGGCCAUUUUGAGUUACAUUGGUGGCCAUUUUGCGGCCAUUUGGCAGCCAUUUUGGGUCACAUUGGCGGCCAUUUUGAGCCACAUUGGUGGCCAUUUUGGCUCCCUUUGGUCACACCAAUGGAUGUCCCCGAUGUCCCUUUGUGUCCCCAGCGCCGCCGCGGCUGCGCAUCGUCCCCGAGCGCUCGGGCCACGCGCUGGCCCUGACGUGUCACGCCUGGGGCUUCACCCCCCCCGAGGUCACCCUGAGGUGGCUCCGCAACGGGGAAGUCGUCGGGGACACUCGGGGACAAUCGCGGGCGCUGCCGGUCGGGGACGGAACAUUCCGGACGCAGGUGACGAUCGAGGUGGCACCGGGGACAAGGGACACCUUGGAGUGCUCGGCGCUGCACCCCAGCCUGCAGGAGCCCGUCAGCGUCACGUGGGCCCCGGGAUUGUCCCCAAGCCUGUCCCUCGUGGUGGCCCUGGCGGUGCUGGCCCUGCUGCUGGGGCUGCUCCUCUUCACCUUCGGCCUCUGCCGCUACCUGGGCUCAGGUUUCACCUCCAGUGCCACCCACGCAGGUUACUCCCCCCUCCCAGGUGACACCUAUGCAGGUGGCAUCUGAGGAACCUCCCAGGACGGUGACGGCGACAGCCCCAAAAAUCCCCAAAUUCAACCCAAAAAUCCACCCCAAAAUUCCCAAAUUCA